CAAACUGCCACUGACAUCCCCAGUGACACUAAUACAGUGAGCAAUGCUAAUAAAAAGCACUGACACUGUACUAAUGACACUGGGCAGGAAGGGGGUUAACAUUUGGGGCAAUCAAAGGGUUAACUGUGCGCUGAGUGCUGUUUUACUAUGUGUGCUGUGUGUGUUUUACUUGGAAAACAUGCUUCUGUAUAUUUCUCUGCUGUGCAGAGAAAUAUACAGCAGCAUGUUAUUGCUAGCAGGAGAGAGACCUGUGUUGUUUACACACAGGUCUCUCCCCCGUCAGUGAUACACAGCGAUCACCGGGUGCCGGCGGGAAAUCAGCAGCUGGAAUCUGGUGAUCGACAGGUGAGGCCGCCAAUGUUUGCGUGAUUUU